GAUGCGUGAAAAAUACCCAGAUGAAAAUGAUGUGACUCUACGCCGGUUUCUGGUGGCUCGUAAAUAUGUACUUAAAGACGCUAUUACAAUGCGAGACGAUGACUUAAGGUACCGCAGAGAAAUAUCCCCUGCGACCGAUGAAGAAUUGGCCGUUAUUAUCCGAAUGGGCACCUUCUACUACCACGGGCGUGCGAGAGACAAUACACCCAUCUUUAUCACCCCAGUGAAGAACCUGGAUGUGAAGCAAAUGUCCAUUCCUCAGCUGCAGAAGAUGUUAAUCCACAACUGCGAUCGGGUGAAAAGACUGUGUCCUGAGAGCGAGAGCUUCACGUGCAUAGUAGAUUUAGAAGGCCUCUCUCUGUUCAAGAACGUUAACAUGUCUAUGCUACUGGAGCUCGUCAAUUUGUUGAACAAGUGCAUGCCAGAGGUGCUGUGUCGUGUUUGGAUCGUAAACGCCCCGUUCGUGUUCCGUGGAAUCUGGAGUAUCCUAUCAAAGGCCAUGGACGCGCACACCAUUGAGAAGAUCAGUUUCUGCACGCCUAGUGAAUAUCCAUCGUUGCAUAAAUUUGCGUCGCCUGAGAAUUUGCCCAAGAAAUACGGAGGUACGAGUAAUUUCGACUUCAAUGAGAAAUUCUGGUCACGCGCUCGACCCGAUUUCCUACUGGAUGGAUUUGAUGAGAAUAUGGAUGAUGAGAGUUUAGAAGAGCAAUUGGCUGCACUCGCCGAGGAAGAGAAGAGAUCAAGUGCAAGUGGGAGUACUUAAUAAAAUAGCUUGAGAAUGUCGC